GACUCAGACCGUUGGGUCCCUCGACCCCGUGCUGCCUACAGAGACUGGCAGCGGCGGCUCUCCGGGAUCUUGGACGGGCGUUUCUCUCCCCGCCCUACGUGGGGUGCCAAGCAGGUGCCCUUCCCCUGUCGACUCCUGAGCAGCAGCCUACUCCUACUCCUAAGUAACGCCAUUAAAAACCAGUGCCGCGCAGCCAUAUAAAGGAGGGAGGCCAGCUCCAUCGCCGGCUUCUUCUUCUCCUUCCAGCCCCUUAAAGGAGAGGGGCGCAUCCUUCCGGCCCACCCGGCUGGGGGGCCUCCUGGUGCCAGCGGCCCAUUGCGUCACCGCUCCUCCCUGCAGCAGAAGACGAGGCAGCGCGGCGGCUCGGGGGCCGAGGGACGCGGCGCCUCUGGCUGUGCGCGCAGCCGUCCGGAGGGGGGCGCUCGGGGCGCGGAGGGGAGCCGCCCUUUUGUCAUCAUCCGAAGCGGACGGGGCGAGGCGGGCAGGUUGCCUCCGCCGCCCGGUUGCUGGGUCUCGGGUCCCUUUUGGAUGCUGCUGCUGCUGCCGCCGCCGCCGCCUCCUCCCCCUGCCCGGCAUCUUCCCCACCUCCCUGGGCGGAUCUCUUUCUCCGCGGCGCGCAGAGCAGCGAAGGCGCCUAAGGAGACCAGGAGGAGGAGGCGCGAGGCGCGGCGAGGGACAGAUCCGGAGAUCGCAGGAUGGGCUCCUCCGGUGGGCUCCUUUGACUGGGAGGAGGAGGAGGAGGAGGAGAAGGGACCGCACUGCCGGGGAGGAAAGCGAAUAACCGCCCCUGCAAGGAAGAUGCGCUAAACGGGCCCCCAAAGUAGACUAGAACAUCCAAAAUGAGCAGCGAGACCAUCCCCGAGGAGGUCUCCUCCCUCCCCACCCAAAGCCAGCAUUACUUCGACCGGUUCGCAGAAGAUGACCCUGAAUACCUGCGCAUCAGGAACAUGGCUGCCGACCUGCGCCAAGACUUCAACCUGAUGGAGCAGAAGAAAAGGGUCACCAUGAUUCUGCAAAGCCCUUCUUUCAGGGAGGAGCUGGAGAGCCUCAUCCAGGAGCAAAUGAAGAAAGGAAACAACUCCAAUAUCUGGGCCCUCCGGCAGAUUGCAGACUUCAUGGCCAGCACUGCCCCUUCCGUCUUCCCACCUUCACCCUUGAACCUCUCCACGGUGACCCCCAUCAAUGACCUCCAGGGCAUUGACUCGACGUCCUUCGCCAAAGGGGAGAGGCUCAUGCGCUGCAAAGUCAGCAGCGUCUACCGGCUGCUGGACCUCUAUGGCUGGGCGCAGCUCAGCAGCACCUGUGUCACGCUGAGAGUCAGCAAAGAACAGGACCACUUCCUGAUUUGCCCUGUGGGCCUUUCCUGUCCUGAAGUUACAGCUUCUAGCCUGGUAAAAGUGAACAUCCUGGGAGAAGUGGUGGAGGCAGGCAGCACCAGCUUCCCAGUGGAUACCCGUAGGUUCAGCCUGCACUCUGCCAUCUAUGCAGCCAGACCAGACGUGAGAUGCAUCAUCCAUCUGCACACGCCAGCCACUGCUGCAGUGUCUGCCAUGAAGCACGGCCUCUUGCCCAUUUCCCAUGAUGCACUGCUGGCAGGGAACAUGGUGUACUUUGACUUCAAUGGGGAGAUGGAGGAGGAAGCAGACAGAAUCGAGCUGCAGAAGUGUCUAGGACCCACCUGCAAGGUUCUAGUGUUGCGGAAUCAUGGUGUGGUGGCCUUGGGAGACACGGUGGAAGAAGCCUUCUACAAGAUCUUCCAUUUGCAGGCUGCCUGUGAAGUGCAGGUCUCAGCCUUGUCCAGUGCCGGCGGAGCAGAGAAUCUGAUAGUCCUGGAGCGAGAGAAGCACCGGCCCCAUGACGUUGGCUCUGUCCGAUGGGCCGGCAGCACCUUUGGACCCAUGCAGAAGAGCCGGCUGGGAGAGCACGAGUUUGAGGCUCUGAUGAGGAUGCUCGACAACCUGGGCUACCGGACCGGCUACGCCUACCGCUAUCCGUUUGUCCAGGAGAAAACCAAGCACAAGAGUGAGGUGGAGAUCCCAGCCACGGUCACAGCCUUUGUGUUUGAGGAGGACGUAGCCCCCAUCUCAACUCUCCGGCAGCAUGCCCAGAAGCAGCAGAAGGAGAAGACCCGCUGGCUGAACACACCUAACACUUAUCUGCGGGUGAAUGUGGCCGAGGAAAGCCAAGGCAGCGCCAGCAGAACCAAAACCACCUGGAUGAAAGCAGACGAGGUGGAGAAAACCAGCAGUGGAACACCGAUCCGAAUUGAAAACCCAAACCAAUUUGUGCCUCUCUACACAGACCCACAAGAAGUUCUGGAAAUGAGGAAUAAGAUUAGAGAACAAAACCGCCAGGACGUGAAAUCAGCCGGACCCCAGUCCCAGUUGCUCGCCAGCGUGAUAGCAGAGAAAAGCAGAAGCCCGUCUACAGAGAGUCACUUGGCAGACGGGGAAAUGAAGGAUAUAUCCCACAACGAGGUUCCUCCGGAGCCAGAGCCACCAAACCCUUUCAGUCAGCUGACAGACCAGGAGCUGGAGGAGUACAAGAAGGAAGUGGAAAGAAAGAAACUGGAUCUCGAUGGUGAGAAAGACACAAGCCUGGAGGAAGAGGUGACGGCCCCUUUGGAGUCGACUGCAGAUCCCACAGUCCAGAGCCCAGCCAAGCCUCCGUUAAAAAGCCCGCCCAAGACUUCAGAAGGUGGGAAGAAGGCGGGCGGUGGCCAGGCGCCUGCCGAAGCUGACCAGAAGGCGGACGACCCAGGCACGGUGGUGGUGAACGGCAAGGACGAUGAUCAAAACGUAGAGGACCUGCUCAGCAAAGGAAUGAGCCAGAUGACCACCAACGCAGACACCGACGUCCCUAAGGACAAAACAGAGACGGUCACCAGUGGACCUGUGUCACCCGAGGGCUCCCCAUCCAAGUCUCCUUCAAAGAAGAAAAAGAAAUUCCGGGCCCCGUCCUUUCUGAAAAAGAGCAAAAAGAAAGAGAAGACAGAGUCUUGAGGUCCUCUCCUGGAUGCUUCUCCCUGCUCUUCUUCCUCCUCCUCCUCUUCUUCUUCCUCCUCCUUUCUCCUCCUUUUCUUCUUUCUCUUGCCUUCCGCUACUCCCUCUGCUCUUGCCACCACAGGGAAAAUUCCUCCUUACAGUGGCAUUUCUUUCGACGGCGAAAAAGAGAGGCUGAGGACCCUGGAAUGUUUUUCCCCCCCAUGGGAUUCGCUUGGGAAGGUGAGGAAAUGCUUUCUGAGGAUUUGUGAGACAACCCUCCUCCCGGCCACAAAUCCAAGGAUAUAACCAAGAUAGUCUGUCCUUUUAAAUGCUCCCUUUGGGACGGAGAGGGUGCUUGCCACUGAAUGCCAGUCACUUCACAGCGCAAACGUCCCAAGCCACGUCAGGCCCAUGCGUGGAAGUUUCCUGCUUUCUAGACUGCUUUCUAGUGCACAGCGGGUCACUUUCAGAAAUACUGGUGUGCACUGGGGAGAGUGCUGAUCCCUUCCUGAAGCAGGGAACCUGCGGAAAGGGAGGUUGGACUGGUUUUUUGGAUGCUUGAUCCAAUUGCCGCUAUUAAUCUCUGACGGAAAUUGCUCUGGACUUUAAAGCAGACAAGCUGUUUCGGCUGCUGAGAAGCCCUUGGAGAAGGGUAUGGGAUUUCUUGGGCAAGGAUCUGACCCAGGAGCCAGCUGAGCACCAGGGACCUUCUUUCCGUACGAACGAGUGACACUAAAUGCCUUUGGGGAAGGUGGGUGUUUUAAUAUAAGGACUGGCUCCCCCUGCGCCAGCGGAUUGCCCUGCAGGUGGAACAAGGUUGGGCAGGUGCCAUUAGGCUGGCAAAGGGGAAAGAACAGAGCUGACCCCUGGGGCACAAUCCAAUAAGAAGCUCUUCCUCAUUGGAAGUCGCUGUGAGGUGUACAAGAGGAUGGUGAGUCUCUUGCACAUCUCAUAUUCUUUUUGAUGGGGCUUGUGCAGGAGAACUUCUCAAUGUACUGGGGGUACCCUGUGGAUUUUCUGCUCCAGGCUUCAAAAUGAGCAGGGGGCUGGUCCCCGGUUCACAAUCCAGGCUAACAAAUGGUGGAAUGAUUUCCCUUGUUUUGAGGACUGUCUACUGGUUCUGGAUUGAAACCCGCUUAGAUUUAUGGGCUGCAAUAUCCCCACGCACGCACACGUCUCCUUGGGGGUAGAGCAUGUGCUUUGCAUGCACAUGAUCUAGGGAUCAAUUUGAGGUGUCUCGGGUGAGAAAAGGACACCAGGUCACAGGACCAAAGGAGGUCUCUCACCUGAUGACGCCUCUGAGAUCUGUUGCCAGUUGGAGUGGCUGAAGCUUGGUGAGGUGGAUCAGGGACCUGGCUUGAUCUAAGGGAGCUUCUUGUCCUUAGAUGGUCAGCUGUGGCCACCCAGCAGCUCCAUCAGAUCUAGAGAGGCCUCUCUGUUCCAGCUGCUGGUAAAGUGCUGAUGCCCUAGUGGGAAAUAAAUCAGAUUCUCCCAAGUUCCACCUGCACUACAUUAAGGAAAAUAUGUAUUACGAUAACUCCAUUUCAGCCACGUAAGUGCUAGUUUGGUUGUCUGGACUAUCAAGACAGCCACAAACACUGCCGAUAAUGUCACUUGUGUAAUCACAACGGAUAAUACGAUGGAAAGCUUACAAAAAUACUAUUUUCUCACUUACUGCACUAUUAAGGGAUUUUAUCACGCUUGAGGUGUUUUCACAAGUGAUUGUAAAAUUUGCUGCAGCUGUAAAUUGCUUUUGAGAGCCACUUGGAUAGGGGUGCAGUUUCUGCACAGAAAUGGCCUGCCUCUGCUCUCUCUACUGCAUUCACAUUUAGAAGUGAUCUGAGCAUCACUCGCGAUGCUUAGCUGGGACACAGAUACAGAUUUUCAACGGAAGUUAAUUAGAGCUCUUAGUGUUUUCCUUUGUUUGGCUGGAUCCGGGGGGGGGGGGCAGUGGCUGGGGACCCACCAAAGAGGUCUGCUGCAAUCUUUGUUCCUCCCAGGCAGGGUUGGGGACAGCCAGGUGCAGUCUGGCUACAGUUUCCAUCAUUCCUGCCCAUUGGCCAUGCUGGUUGGGGCUGAUGGGAGUUGUGGCCCAAGACGUCUGGAUGCUCCUGCCCUUAAAUUCUUCAAGCCAUGCUAAGCAUUACAGGCACAUCAUGGCAGUUUCACCUCAUCUGAAAAUAAAGCUGCUGCUUCUGGUGGAGUGAUCAGGACUGAGAAAAUUGGGGGGGGGGGCUGAGCAGUGCUUAACAUUUUCCCUGCCAGUCAGUUAGUUCCCUGUUCCAAUCCAAGCCUCCACUCUGGUAGUUGAACAUUGUUCUUUGCUCUGCAUUUUGAGACUCAGCAAGAAGAAAGAAACAUUUGGGGGGGUGAUUUAAGAAAGGUGAAAACGUUAGGUGGAUAUGUGAAGCCACUUCUCUUAUUGCCCCACCAGAAGUAGGUUUUUCUAAAGUUAAGAAAAGAACAGUUAGCAUUAGGUUACACACAAGUGUGAUCCUUCACUAGCACUGGGGCCAAACUAAGCACGACACCAUUGCACAAUUAGCAAAAGUGUGAAUGGUGGGGGGUUUUUCUGUGGGUGUUGUUGGGAUGCUGUGGGUGGGGGGAACAAUCCAGAUCAGGAUUCUUGGGGGUAUUGCAGGAGACUUUAACACUUCAACCCCUGCUAUUUCCCGCUCCAGAACAAAUUUGUGUGUUCUAGCACUAGAGAUGGGGGAAGAAAUAUGAUUCAGUUUGCAUUGAAAGGCAACACUACCAAUUCACACUUCCCAAAACAAUAUACAAAUUGAAGAACAACUAUCCUCCAAAUUUUGCAUUGCAGUUUUCUGAGAAAGUGGUGUGUACAGUAAUGCAUCUACAGAGGUAAAGUUGUGUUUGAAGAAAAUAUGCUUUGCUAAAAUUUGUUAUUAGGCAAAAUGGCAUACAGAAAUGUGCGUGUUAGAGGAAAUUCACUCUAAAAUGCUAAUGAAUUUCCAGCAGGACUUAAAAAAUACAUUGCAAACUGAUGUGGAAAUGUGAAGAACUGGAUUUAAGAUUGGAAUAACAGAGAGAAACUGAAAUUGACAAGAGUCCCCUAUGCAUUACCUCUGCCACUGGCCAGUUAGGGAGACUUAAGCAAUGGCCUUUUGCUCUCAUGUGAACAUGCCUAUGCAAAGAAUCACAAGGGUAAUGCAAAUCUAUUUGGGCACAAUCUACGUGCAUGUUCUCCUGCACAAGACACACUGAAAUGGGUGAGAGCUGCUCACAUGGAGUAGAUCAGGUCUCUAUGUCACAAUACCCAGAAAGCAACACCUUCAUAAAGGAACCAUCUCCUAUCUGAGCCAGAGAAGUUGCUUCUUUCAUCCCAUUUGUUAGAAAGUGGGGAGUGUGUGUCCACACAGGGGCUCCGCUGGUGCAUACAAGUACAUUUUGAGAGUAAAAUAACCAGCCCCAUUUCCAUAGCUGUCAACCUUCCCUUUUUUGCGGGAAAUUCCCUUAUUCCAGCGCCGCUUCCCGCUGCUAUCCCGGAUUAUUAGAUAUCCCGUAGACUGUUCCUGGGACAGGUGAGGCUGCUGAUCCCUUGUUUUCAAAUCUGAAAGUUGACAGCUAUGCAUUUCUUCUUUUAAACUCACUGAUGGAGAGAUUUCACUCUUCUUGUACCUCAAAAAUUAUACUGGUGCUUUGCAUAGAGAAACUCAUUUCUCUUGUAAUAAGGACCAAAUCCUCCCCUUUUCCUCAACAGAUGAAAGGGAAUGAAUAUUUUAGAACUCAGUCAUUUUUAUAAAGAAUAAGUGACUGGAGAUGUCCUGCUGUUAUGAAACUACUACAACAAAAGGCUUCUCUGGUUCUGGUGCUUCCACAGACCAGCUAAUAACAUCAAACAAUGUUCAUUAUACACAAACGUUGCUUAAACGGUAGGUGGAAUGGACAGUUUAUGCAGGUGAUCCCUUUGGGAAGGGUUGGGGCCAUGUCUCCUCCUUCCUGGGAAGCCCUCCAAUUUCUGGGCAACUCACUGGUCCUGCCUGCUGCAGCCUCGAUUUCAUUUGCCAGGUGUGCAUGUCAAAAUCAUGACAACUGAAGGUGGCGGAAUUACCUGAUUAGCCUGAGCUGAUAAGUUUGCUAUAGCCAUUCAAUGCAAACAAAUGCAAAGUGUGGGGAGGAGCCACAGCUUAGUAGCCAAACAUCUGCCUUGCAAGCAGAAGAUCCCAGGUUCAAUCCCUGGCAUCUUCAGGACUGGGAGAAAGUUCUGCCUGAAACCCUAGAGAGCUGCUGCCAAUCAGUGUAGACAAUAUUGAGCUAUAUGGAAUCUGUAUAGGGCAGCUUCCUAUGUAAGCCACAAUCAAUGCUCUCAUAUAUAUCA